AAGGCCUUAGUUCAUGAUUGACUUUUGUCCGAGCUAGAUCAGAGAAUAGAAAUGGGGAAUAGCACCUUCAAUAGCACUAGCCUGCUGUGCGGAAUUUUCAGUGUGGUUUAUAUUGUGUUUAUAACGUUUGCCAUAUUUACCAUAAUCAUGUGCUGAGCAUUCAAACAUUUAUCAAAGUUCCUUUGUCCUUGUAUGCCUUACCCUUCUUUUGUUGGAUAAUUAUAAUUGCAAUGC